CGCCGUGUCCUCGCCAUGGCCGGCAACGGGGCCCCGGGGUCCGGCCCCGCGCUGGCGGAGGAGGAGGAUGAGGAGGAGGAGCCGGCGCUGGGCUGCGAUGGCGACCUGGAGGUGAACCCCUACGAUGGGCUCCCCUUCUCCUCCCGCUACUACGAGCUGCUGCGGCAGCGCCGGGACCUGCCCGUCUGGAGCACCAAGUACAGCUUCAUGGAGCACUUGGAGGGCACCAGCGGCAUCAUCCUGGUGUCCGGGCCCGCGGGCACCGGCAAGAGCACGCAGAUCCCGCAGUGGUGCGCGGAGUACGCCCUGUCCCUGCAGUUCGCCCAUGGGCUGGUGGCCUGCACCCAGCCCCACAGCCUGGCCGCCCUCAGCCUCUCCCUGCGCGUGGCGGACGAGAUGGACCUGAACCUGGGCCACGAGGUGGGCUACUGCGUGCCCCACGAGGACUGCUGCAGCAGCGACACCAUCCUCAGGUACUGCUCGGACGAGAUGCUGCUGCGGGAGAUGACGUCGGACCCGCUGCUGCGGCAGUACGGGGUGCUGGUGCUGGACGAGGCGCAGGAGCGCACGCUGCCCACGGACGCGCUGCUGGGGCUGCUCAGGGACGUGCUGGGCCAGCGCCCCGCGCUCAAGGUGGUGGUGGUCACCUCGCUGGCCAUGGAGGAGCGGCUCCGCGCCUUCUGCGGGGACCCCCCCGUGGUGCGGGUGCCGGCGCGCGGGGAGCCCCCGCUGCUGCUGUACCGGGAGCCGCCGGGGCAGGGCCGCGUGGCCGCUGCGUGCCAGGCGGUGCUGGACAUCCACCGGCGGCAGGAGCAGGGGCACGUCCUGCUCUUCAUGGCCAGCGAGCAGGAGAUCACCGAGGCCUGCAUUGCCCUGCGGAGGGAGGCGGCCGCGCUGCCCCCGGGCCUGGGCCCGCUGCUGGUGCUGCCGCUGCACCCGGGCCUGGGCCGCGCCGCACAGGGCAUCUACGAGGGGCUGGAGGAGGGCGGCCGCGGGCGCCGCGUCCUCGUCAGCCAGGGGCUGGCCGAGGCCUCCUUCUCCAUGGGCGGCGUCCGCUUCGUCAUCGACAGCGGGCUGGAGCUGCGCAGUGUCUACAACCCCCGCAUCCGCGCAGAGUCCCAGGUCCUGCGGCCCAUCAGCAAGAGCCAGGCCCAGUCCCGCAUGGAGCGCGCCACCGGUACCCCCCCCGGUGAGAGCUCAACAGCACCUGAACAGGGGGGCUCCGGUGCUGGGGGGGCUCCAGUGCUGGGGGGGCUGCG